UUCAGUUCAGUUUCAAUUUGUUGUUGACUCGUUGAUAUGAUUGUUGGAUCGGUGUCAGUUAACAAGUGGAGUAGACUCACGCAUCAAAUGAAACGAUUAAGCGGUGCGUGCUUUCGUAGAUUGUAUUUAUAAAAUGUUUAAUUGUGUGUUGUAACAAAAUAUCAAGAAAAUAUUUGAGUGCACCUAGUGUUUUGUGAACUUUUUUGAUAUCCAUACAGUUAGAGCUAUUAUUGCAAGACGGUAAGAUAACAAGUUUUUGUGUCGAUUCGAGUGCUUUCAAAUUGACUUUUGACGUCACGUACGGCGACCGAUCGGAUGGCGCCGAAGAUUAUGUAGGAACUGUGUGUUUAUUAUCUUCAGAGAAACGUUUGUUCUGAAAUUGGAUGUUGAAUGGAUCACACGACGUGAGCGUGUUGGAAAUAUGCUUUUGAAAUGCACAGCAGACGGGAGACGGAUCAAAGUGAACGGAGCUCCGGUGGGGCAAGGGAAUGUAGCGAGAGGCAUGAAAAUGACUAUGUCGACGACAGCGACGAUGAGCGCACGGGUCCACAGGAAAGUGAUACAUAAGCGGCCACACCCGGGCAAGUCGGGGCUCCCGGGCAAAAUGUUGCACGCGGGUAAGAUGGCGCACCCGGGCAAGAGUGCGCACAACCCGGGCAAGUUCGCGCACCUCGGCAAACUCGGCAAACUGUCACACUACGCGCACACGCACUCGCUGCGCCCGCCGGAACCGUGCGAGAACAGUAACGACAGCGGGCUCGGUCCGGACCCAGUCAACAGAUGUGCGGACACGACGGAGGAGUGGGACCAUGGUGAGGCGAAGAGGCGGCGCGCGGACGAUCACCCGGUUAAGGUAGAGUGCGACGACGCCAUUGAUGCGUACACGUUCGCGCCCGCUCUCGCACCCGCGCCCGCUCCCGCUCCGCUCGACACGUCGUCCGCUCCGCUGCCCGCUCCCGUGAUUAGAGCGGGGUGCAGUUUAUCUAGUCCAAACAUCUCGGAGAGUCCGGGUAAACGGUUCCAGGAGCCGGCGUACCGGGCCUGCGGGGGCAAGCUGGGCAGCAGCGCCAAGCUCGCUGGCAAGUACGCUGGUGGAGGAAAGCUGGUCGGAGUGGGAGGCAAGCUGAGCGGCAAGUUGGGGGGCAAGUACGGCGGCAAGCUGGCGCAGGCGCUGGCGCGGAGGCGCGCGCUGGCCGCUAUGGCGCACUCGGGUCCGCCCGGCCUCGCUGCGCCACUCUCCAGCCGCUCACGAGACGGCAGCGUCGAGCUGCAGAUCCUCUGCCAGCCCGAAACACAACAUCGAGCGAGAUAUCAGACUGAAGGCAGCCGGGGCGCCGUCAAAGACAACUCUGGGAACGGCUUCCCUAUCGUCAAACUGGUUGGCUACGACAAGCCCGCCGUGCUGCAGGUGUUCAUCGGCACGGACAGCGGGCGCGUUGCUCCCCACAUGUUCUACCAAGCGUGCCGCGUCGCCGGUAAGAACUCGACGCCAUGUCGCGAGCGCAAGGAGGACGGCACCGUGCUCAUAGAGCUGGAUCUAGACCCCAGCAAGAACUGGCAGGUCACCUGCGACUGCGUCGGGAUACUCAAGGAACGUAACGUGGACGUGGAGCACAGGUUCGGGGAGGCUCUGGGGGGCGGGGCUGGUGGUGCAGGGGGAGGACACUCUGCGCGCGGCAAGAAGAAGUCAACGCGCUGCCGCAUGGUGUUCCGCACAGACAUCGUAGACGCCAAUGGACGAACGGAGACGCUGCAAGUCUGCUCCACACAGAUCAUAUGCACUCAACCGCCGGGCGUACCGGAGGUGUGCCGCAAGUCGUUGGUAUCGUGCCCGGCUACUGGUGGCUUAGAGCUGUACCUGCUCGGCAAGAAUUUCCUCAAGGAGACGCGCGUCGUUUUCUGCCAACGUCAGGACGGACACACCACGUGGGAGGAGGAGGUGGUGCCCGACAAGGAGUUCCUACAACAGACGCACCUGGUGUGCUGCGUGCCGCCGUACCUGCGCACGGACAUCUCUGAGCCGGUGACUGUGCAGCUGUUCGUGCGGUCGGGCGGGCGCGCCUCCGAGCCCCACACCUUCCGCUACACGCCCCCCGGCGCCGCCCCCCUCCACUGCACGCUGCACCACACACAAGGAGCCGCCAGCGGAGCACCCUGCGCCGGUGGAGCGGCCGAGGAGCCGCGGCCCGUGCUGGCCUGGGGCGGAGCGCCCGGCAUGAUGCCGCCGCCCGCGCUGCCCGUCCGCCGCCCCUCACUCAUCCUGCCCGACCCGCACUCGCCGCUGGGACUUAAAAGCGAGGUGCCGGACGAGACCAGCCAGCACUCCGCGCCCGAGGAGGGCUCCUGCGGCGCCGAGGGACCCGAGUCGCUGCGUCCCGCCCACGGCACCCACAGCGCCCACACCGCACCCCUCGCCGGCAUCGACCUGCGCCUCAAGACGGAGGCCGCCCGGGACUCCGCCAACCAGGUGGGCUUCGUGGGCGCGUAUGAGUCCAUGAAGCUGUCGCCGGGCACGCCCACGCCGAGCCAGCCGCCCUCCCCCCUCGCCACCUUCACGCAGCAGCUGCAGGCCAUCCAGAACCAGGUGCAGACCGACAAGAUGGUCGAGUCCGUCACCGCCGCCAUAUUCAACUCGGACGGCGGCGGACAGAUAUACGUCGACCAACCGAUGAUGCCCAUGGCCUCGAUGGACCCCAUGCGCCAGCUCAUGGCCGCGAAGGGCUCCAUGGACCCGCUCGAGACCAACAUGAAGGUCCUCGGGCCGGAGCUGAUGAUGCGGGACUCGAGCCUGCAGGCGUCCGUGAUGCAGCCGACAACCGAGCAGCGCAUGAUCGUCUACAACCAGAUGCAGACCGACCGGACCGAGGAGACCUUCAACCCCUUCGGCGUCCUCACAAAGAUGGAACUCGGCUCGUCGCAGAUCGAGCGGCGGCUGGCGCAGCAAAGCGCGCACAUGGAGGCCCUCGUCGAGGACGCCAUGAAGGCGACGGCGGCCAUCCUGCCCGCAGACGCCGCCAAGCUCGACGAGCUGGUCAACUCCCGCGUCGACGACCAUCUGUCGGGCACCAACUCGCCCUCCUCCGCCUCGCACGCCUCCGACGUGCUGCUGAGUCCCAACGCGGCCGUGGUGAGCCGCGCCCAGGGCGCCGACCUGCUGCAGCCCAUGUCGCAGUCGGCCAUCUCGCCCGACGUCAUCCUCAACCCGCAGGUGUCGCCGAGCUUGCUGUGCGACAACAACCAGCGCAUGGUGCUGCCGGCGGGCGGCGCGCAGGACGACCUCAUGAUGAUCCCCGACAUACCGACCUCGGUGAAGACGCCGCCGGCCGCCGUCAAGUCCAUGAUCCUGAACGCGGCCGCGGAGAUCCUCACCUCGGACACGACCAUGAACGCGCUGGUGACGUCGGCCAUCAACACGGCCAACAUCCUGAGCACGGAGAGCGCGGCGGGCGGCGGGGGGCUGCCGGCGGGCGCGGCGGACACGCAGCCCCCCGCCGAGCCCGCCGCGGAGACUCCGCUGGAGGCGAUGUCGCAGGCGGUGUCGCAGGCGGUGACGCAGGCGGUGUCGCAGGCGGUGUCGCACGCGGUGUCGCAGGCGGUGUCGCAGGAGAUGUCGGGCCCGGUGCAGGGUCUCACCGACAUGAGCGACCAGGACCUGCUCUCCUACAUCAACCCCAGCACCUUCGACCAGGUGUGAGCGAGCGCGCUCCGGCUAGUGAGAGCGGGACAGCGAGCGCCGCGCAAUGCAUUUCUUACUAAAUUGUUGUUAAGGGCUCAAAAGCAGUUUUUAUGUGAAUUUUUAAUGGAUGGAUGUAUCCGUUAGUUGUUAAAAGUAUACGUAGAAAAAAAAUUAUAAUCUCUAAAUAAAAUACGUGUGAUUUGAUGAAUGGUUCCAAAUGAAUGUGAUGAUUUUUUUUUUAAUAUAAUUAUUUUACCGCAUGUAACAAAGUGCGUUUUGAUACGUCAAUUACACCUUAUGUGACAGUAUUACGGAGAUAAUGAUAAAUUACGAUACAGAAUACAGUUACGUCUUUUUAUAUGAUGUAUACAAUUUACAAUAUGUAUACAUUCGAAUACAGUCGAACUUUUAUAAGUGAAAAAUGUCUAUAAACGAGAGUCAUAAUCCUGAUGACUUCCAUGAACAAGAAACUACUUUAAAAUAUCGCUUCAUAGACUCUCACUUAUCAAGGUUCGACUGUACCUUCGAUUCUAUUGAAGUUAUUAGUGUUUUGCAACACCCUGUGUACACAGAAACGUAUGUAUUUUCAAUUAAUGUGAUGUAACUCAUUGUAUAUGAACUCUGAGAUGUAUUCUCAUAUCAGUUUUUUUUUUAAUUCGAAUUUUAUUAUAAUGUACAUAUAUUAAGUAAGCUUUAUAUUUAUGUUAUUUUUAUGAUAUAAAGUGUGGUGUCGGUCUUACUGAUAUCCUGAUGUUUAUUGUCUAAUUAAAUAUUUGAAAUUAAGAUUAAUGCGAUUAAAAUGUCGCUUAUUGUAGUUUUUUCUUUAAAACAAAUCAGCUUUUAUAUAGUUAUUAAGAUUUUAAAGCCGAUAACGGUGUGAAUAAUAAAGAGGCAAAAAAGUAAGAUUGUCGCCACGCAAAUACUUCCAUUUCUCAUUAAAAUUAUAAUACAAAAUUGUAACCGCUUGGCUUUGACGUAGUUUUUUUUUUAUUAGACAAGUCGAAUAUUGUUCAUGUUACUUGGAAACUGAUAUCGUAAUUGCGUGUCCGGCUCGAAGGACCAAGUGGUUACUGAACGCCAAUCCGGUAUAUACCAUAUUACGGUAGAUUAGAAAAAAAAAACAUUUAGUUGUUAUAUAUAAGGACAACAGUACUGAAAUGUUUAUAAGCAAAGAAUAUAUAAGCUAUGAUUACAUAGAUUUAAAAAUAUGUUACGAAGAUUUUUUUUAUAUACAAAAUUCGGAUGCUAUACAUAUUUAAUGUGCCAUUUAAAAUGAAUUGACGCGAAUUCCGCCCAGGAAAUGAGACUCUACGGGACGCAGCAUCCAGGGGAAAUCCCACCUGCAUUUACAUCCCCUACCCUGACAAACAAUUUAUAAAAAUUUUCAUAUCUGACAAUUUAUUUAUAAACAUUAUGAUCAAACAACUGUUGGACCUAGGUCUUUUGUAUUUUCAGGUCCAACUGAAAGGCAACAGUUUCAAGGUCAAAGACCCGCGUGGUCUCCCCCCCCCCUCCCCCCUUUAUCUCAUGAGUUUUAUCCAAAUUGUACUAACAAUGUUAUUUAAAAUGAAUCAAAGCGAUGCUGUCGUCCCGCAGAACUCACUGCGAGGUAAAAGAGUGGCAUAGACCGAGUGCAGCCGUAACUAAUCUAGGGACCAUAUUUAUUGCUAUAUUAAAUAUAUACAUCAUACAAACAAAAAAAAAACAAUAUUAUAUUCAAAUUUACAACAAA